AUGGUUUCUCUUCCCAUAUUCCAGGUCACCGUGAUUACCUUCUUGUUGAUCUUCACCAUCAAUGCCAGAAGCCUUCCUGACACGACCGUUCAGCUCGUCCUCUGCAACAGCCAAGCCUACUCGAGAGGAGAUCCAUUCGGAAAUAGCCUCACAUAUGUGAUUUCGGAUCUGGAGUCGAAGACCGCAAGCAUGAAAGACUACAAUUACUACGACAUUUCUCCGUACCCCAAUGCCUUUGCGUAUGGGCACGCCACUUGCAAUCAGAACCUCACCAGCUUGGAUUGUGGCACAUGCUUGGGCGCAGCAAAGAGUGCCAUGCUAGGAACGUGUCAAGAUCGGAUUGGGGCCCGUUCAGUGCUUCAGGACUGCUCGAUUCGGUAUGAGCAGUACCCUUUCGAUUAUUAG